GAGGCGCUCCGCAGCUGCGGCUGUAGUUGGCACCCCGGUUACCCCGGGCUCGAUGGUGGUGGCAGGCAGAUGGCCUUCUGCAGCCCUAGACAGGUCCCUCCUUAGCGAGAGGCAGCCUCACCUGCGCUGAGCGCCCGGGAAGUUCUUUCUGGCACCCUGGGAACCAGCGGGAUAUGUGGUACUCGUCUUUCCCUCCAGAGAAUCGCCUUCCACAGAAACCAAUAACGCCAUGAAGUCCAAUCCAGCCAUCCAAGCUGCCAUCGACCUCACGGCAGGCGCCGCAGGGGGCACAGCAUGCGUACUGACUGGGCAGCCCUUUGACACGAUGAAGGUGAAGAUGCAGACCUUUCCAGACCUCUACCGGGGCCUCACAGACUGCUGCCUCAAGACCUACUCCCAGGUGGGCUUCCGUGGCUUCUACAAGGGCACCAGCCCCGCACUGAUUGCCAAUAUAGCAGAGAACUCGGUGCUGUUCAUGUGUUAUGGCUUCUGCCAGCAGGUGGUCCGCAAAGUGGUUGGAUUGGACCGGCAGGCAAAACUGAGUGACCUUCAGAACGCCGCUGCUGGGUCCUUUGCCUCCGCCUUUGCCGCACUGGUUCUCUGCCCCACAGAGCUUGUGAAAUGUCGACUGCAGACUAUGUACGAAAUGGAGACAUCAGGAAAGAUAGCGGCCAGCCAGAAUACAGUUUGGUCAGUUGUGAAGGAGAUCUUUAGGAAGGACGGCCCCUUGGGCUUCUACCAUGGACUCUCAAGCACUUUACUUCGAGAAGUACCAGGCUACUUCUUCUUCUUCGGUGGCUAUGAACUGAGCAGGUCAUUCUUCGCAUCAGGGAGAUCAAAAGACGAACUAGGUCCUGUGCCGUUGAUGCUGAGUGGUGGAUUUGGUGGGAUUUGCCUGUGGCUUGCUGUGUAUCCGGUGGAUUGUAUCAAAUCUAGAAUUCAAGUUCUUUCUAUGACUGGGAAGCAGACAGGACUCGUCAGGACCUUCCUGAGUAUCGUAAAGAAUGAAGGAAUAACAGCCUUGUAUUCUGGCCUGAAACCCACCAUGAUCCGCGCAUUCCCUGCCAACGGGGCACUGUUUUUGGCCUACGAGUACAGCAGGAAGUUGAUGAUGAACCAGUUGGAAGCAUGGUGAAGUGUCCUGGUGCGCCUGGAUUCAAGGCAGGCCUUUAGUGACUGGUCAACUCAGGGUUUCAGGGAGUACAAGAACAGUGUGGAAUUACGUGAUUCAUUGGAACUCUGUCCUUGUCUUCCCUUCUUUUAUUCAAAGUCUUGGAUUUUGUGGACAGUCCUCCAUUCUACACAGUAUAAUUUCUGCCCGUUAUUGAACCCAAACAGAAAAGUCCACCCUUGGUAGAGUGAGUGUACAGGGGAGCUGGUGACCUUAUGCCCAGGGAACCCGGUGAUCUCAUGCCCAGGGAACCUGGUGGCCUCGUGCACAGGGGACCCGGUGGCCUCAUGCACUAGCCUUAUGCACUGGCCUCAUGCAGAGUGCCUUCUUUUCAGGACAACUUCUGUGGAAGUCAGCGGUACACAUGCAAUUUAGAUGGCCCUGUCACCACAGGAAAACAAAACUUUGUUCUGAGUUUAAUUAUAAAUGGUGACCAAUUUUUAUGUAGGUGAUUGUAAAUGAUUGCUUAUAAAUGAUUCUAGGUAGAAGGCUGCUGCUAAAAGCCACUAAGCCUGUGCACUAAAAGGCUAACUUUUUUUUAAAAAACUUUUUGUGGUAUAUUAAAGCUAAAAUAUCCCUCUAUAUUUCUAGAAAAACUUCUAUGCAUAGUUGUGUGGCUUCUAUGUCCUUGAUGAAGUUUCAGGGAUUUUCCCGGAUUCUUCUCAUGAUGCUCAUUCCCUCAGUUCAUCUUCUAGGUGGGCUUCUCAUUCUCCCCUCUGGUACAGGGAGGUGUGGCCAGAGUGUUAGACCUCUGGAGGGCAGCAGAGGGCGCACUGGCUCCCUUCUCACUCAGCUUCCUCCCUCUGUGCUGCUCCUGAAAGACAGGGACUGCCCUGCCUUGUUCUUAUGAAAACCAACAGAGGUUCUUGCCUGUUCUCAGCAGGAAUCCAGGGUGCUCUCUUGGUACUGGAUCUGAGGCCACGCUGAGCCCACUGUGUCUCUGUCUCCACCAAUCAGAAGCCCUUUCAGGAAACAGAGAGGAAGUCAGGGCUCCCUGCUUUGAUCACAGGGUUCUACUAAUGGGGACAUCCGAACGAGCCCAUUAACCAGACACCCUUCCUGAAGUUCACUUUUAGGUCCAUGACUCCUACAUCUGCUUCUGUAUUUGGAGCUGGCAGUUUAUGAAUUUCAAUGACUGUAGAUGAUAUUUGACUUUGGAAAGCAUUGUGACAAAAUAAAGGUAUUUUUAUGAAAUUAGGUAGUAUGUAUGUAGCAACCAAAAAACCGGACCCCACAUUUUUCUUCUUAGCCCCAGACACAUGGGGUCACAGAGAUCAGGCACAUUGUCUGUACUGCUCCAAGACCAGGGAGAUGGUAGUGGGAGCUGUCCCUACUCUGCCUGUAAGGCUGAAGGAGGUAGGUUGGCCUUGCCACAGUGCCAGGAGUACAGGGUCAGGAAAGCAAAGUAUUUCCAAAAAGGGGGGAGGGGUGGAGAUAUCUGUCAGCAUUCCUGGAGAAAACUCAGCAUUCAUGAGAAAAUGGUCUUUCUACUCCAGCACUUUCUGUUCUCUAUGACCAAUGGCUACUGAGUGCUGCUUCAUCCGAAUGGAUCUGAAUGGAAGCAAACACCGGAUUGGCUUCCUGCAGGAAGACUGUUCAAAGCCAAGCUCUUUCCCUUUUAGGUGCCUGGGGUCUAGUGCACAUUAGUCUUGUUGGCAGCGUGUCUCCUCAGUCUGUCCAUUGUGGUCUCUCCCAUAGAAAGAGUCAUUAACGAGGGGAAGGGAAAAAUAGAGGCCUAAGGAGACAUUUUUUUUUUUUUUUAAGAACUCAUUCUGUUGCUUUGAUUUGUGGUUUCAUGUUUGGGUGCAAUUGUACUUGAGACAAAACUAGAACUUUGAGACACUUUAUUUAAAGAAACGAGUGCUCUGUCAUUAAAUCUAAUGUGAGUCUAUGAAGAGUUUCACUUAAACACAUUAUAUUUAUAUUAAGGGCCAAUAUUAAAAGAGUUGUGGAUAAUAAUUCUUCAAGGUGGUGGUUGUAUUGGAACAAGUGUUCUGUCAGCUAGAUUCCUGAUAUAAAAUUUUACUGCAGGGAAGUUGACAGAAAGCAUUACUUCAGUACUCUACAGCCCUUUAAAAUUGUGCUCUGCCUCUGCCCCUCUGGUGGUUUGAAUGAGACUGCGGCCAUAGUCUCAUACUUGGAUGCUUAGUCACUAGGGAAUGGAACUGUUUGAUAGGAUUAGGAGGAGGCGAGGUCUAUUGGAGGAAGUGUGACACUGAGGGUGGCCUUUGAGGUUCUAAAAGCCAAUGCCAGGCCCAGGCUCUCAGCCCCAGAGUUUGCCUGUCUGAGUGCUCCCUGCUGGGAUAAUGGAGUAAUGCUCUGAAACUGUAAGCAAGCUCCUGAUUAAAUGCUUUCCUUUCUAAGUGUUGCUGUGGUCAUAGUGUCUGUACAUAGCAAAAGAACGGUGACUAAGACAGCCUGUAUUUAUUUUUAUUUAUCGUAUGUGUUUGAUGAAUGUGUGAGUGUGUGUGUGUGUGUGUGUGUGUGUGUGUACACGCGCGCACUCACUUAUCCAUGCAUGAGUAUGUGGCAGCCAGAGGUUGCCUGUUUUCUUCUAUCAAUUCUUCACCUUAUAUUUUCAGGUAAUUUAUAGAAUUAGAGAUUAUUGUAUAAUUACAUGGUUUUCCCCUUUCCCUUUCCUCCUUUCAACCAUUUACUCCCAACCUUGCUUUCUCAUUCAAAUUCAUGGCCUCUUUUCUCUUUGUUGUAACACAUACACAUACAUACACACAUACAUAUACAU